AUGAGGAACAUUAUUGCUGAGGCAAAUAGAAAGCUGAUGGCUGGUCUUGAGCUGAUCCCUGACGGCCAAAGAGCAGCAGUAAGACUCAGCACAGGAGCCAACAUUGGUAAGGAUGCCAAGAAGCAGGCCCUCUACACCAUGUCGUACACGGAGAAAGAACGAUUUAAAAAUGGUGAUAUUGAGAAGGGCAAGAAGAUUUUUGUUCAGAAGUGUGCCCAGUGCCAUACUGUGGAAAAGGGAGGCAAGCACAAGACUGGGCCAAAUCUCCAUGGUCUGUUUGGGCGAAAGACAGGUCAGGCUGUCGGAUUCUCUUACACAGAUGCCAACAAGAACAAAGGCAUCACCUGGGGAGAGGAGACACUGAUGGAGUAUUUGGAGAAUCCCAAGAAGUACAUCCCUGGAACAAAAAUGAUCUUCGCUGGCAUUAAGAAGAAGUCAGAAAGGGCAGACUUGAUAGCUUAUCUCAAAAAAGCCACUAAUGAGUAAUAGUUGGCCACUGCCUUAUUUAUUAUGAAACAGCUGUCUCAUGACUUUUUAUGUGUACCAUAUUUAAAUUGAUCUCAUACACUAGAAUUCAGGUCAUGAAUAGCUGAUGUAAUAUUUCUGUCCUGAUUUAAAUAAGAUUGGCUUGUGGCUAAAUGAAUAUGGUCAGCUUUUUGAAUUUUGAUAGUAAUUCUGGUUCAGCAAGUACUGUCAGUGUUUUCCCCUUCUAAAGAGAUGAUUAAACUUGAAUAAGGAAUGUUAAACUUUUCAGGGAUAUGGUGAAUGCCUUCUCAAACCCUAUAGGAGAUUGGUUUUAUAUUUAGAUUUCUAUAACUGGUUAUAUUAAUAUAUUUAAAUAUUGAGAAGCUCCCUUCACUGUCUCAUAGACCAGCAAGAUUCACCUGUGUUUCAAGUUGUGUUCAUUCACCUGUUAAGGCAAGGGCUGAAGAUACACUGACAAUGUCCACUUUAUCUUUUUGGUCUUAAAUAUGCCAAUUUAAUUAAAAUUCUCCAUCUAAAAUA